AACAAUUAGGUUUUACACCGUGACGUCAUUUGACAGCUCGCGUGCACUGUAUACAUAGACUUAGUCGCGUUCGAACGGAAAGUGCUGGGUAUUUUUUUAAUUCAAAAUCGGCCGAAAUUACAAAAGUCAAGUGGAAACCGAAGGCGAAGUGGGUGGCAAAUUUGUCUACAUGCUCGCUGAACCCAAACGAAAACGAAGCCGUGCUGCUGGCGGAGAUGGUCAAGCAAUGCCUUGUUCCGACGCUCAGCCUGGAAUGACCUACAAGGAACCGAUCACCAAGGACAUGAAAGACCCAGAAAACUACCGCACCGUCUUCCGACCGCUUAUGCUCCAGAUCCAGCUCCCGAGGACAUGGUCAAGUUCAAUCUCGAGCGCUGCAACCUCGCCCUCCUCCACCAGCAGAACACCGGCAGACUCUUCAUCGUCCUGUUUGAGAAGAAAAAGAAGCUGCUCUCGGAGGUUUUCCGUUGUCGAAGGCCUGCGAAGCGGAAACGCUACCACCGCAACCCGCUCAGGCCUAAGAGGGUCUCCAGAUUGUAACGGAUGUACCGGCGCAGAAUGGAGUACGCGUAUCGCAAGGAACGACAUGAUCAAGCUGCUGUUUAAAAACAAUCCGGAGAAGCCGCCGGAAAUCGAAGAGCUGGGCGAGGAAGGAGUUGGAACCGUGCAGAUGUGUGUCGGAGUAUCGGCGGACCCGUUUGCGGUGCGGAACUAUUAUCCUCCUCGUGGGCAAUUCUUGACAUAGGCCUGACGGAAAAGGACGGUUUGUCCUUGGUUCAAAUAAGUACGAACUGGUAGUUCGGUUCAACAAACAACUGGUCUCCGGCACCUGGCAGCGAGGGUGCUUCAAUCUACAACCAACUAGAGACGUGAUCCUGGUUUCGAGUUUAAUUGCUGGACAGUAAUGAUAUUAUAAAGUUUUUGAGAUGUUAUUAACCUUGGAAUGUUAAAAUCCUGUUUGGCUUUAUUUUAAUCAGACGUUUUUAUUUCUGACAUAUAAAAUCAAACUUUUUUUUUAGUCAAAGAAUUUAUUUAUCCUUAAUAAUCUAGCAGCUCCUUGACGACAUGGUCCGCUAGACUGUAGUUGAUUAGCAUUCCGUUGUGGUCCUUCGGGUCAAUCCGAAUUGCAGGAAGGGGUUGGCGUUGGCCAACUACUUCAUCUCGCUCGUUAUUUCGAAGAACCAGGAUCAUUUAGGGUGGCCACUCAAGUCGGGAAUUUGCCAAGAUCCGCAAAAAUCGGGGAAAUGUCGGGAAUUUGUAAUUUUUUGUCAAAAAGUCGGGAAUG